AUAGAGAGAAAAGAGAAUCUUUGACUUUUUGGUAUGAGUUGUUGGCUUUUUGGCUAAUAUAGUAACUUUUUAGCUUUUUAGCUAAAAAGGAGGGUUCCCAAACGAGGCCUUAAUGUGGAUAUAAACUUUCAUAACUCUUGAGUUCUAACCCAAUCACCAGCUUCUCUCCUCCCAAUAAAAAGAUGGUCUUAAUGUCAACAUCGUGCCAGGCUGGGAAAAUGGUGUCCAAGCUUGCCCUUGAACUAAACUAGCAAGAUUUUUUUCUAAUGGGUGGGGUUGACUAGUGGGCCAAAACUUUAGGCCCAAACCUGGCCCAAUGAGCUCAAGGGUCGGGCCGACCAACAGUUCGUCACAGGCCAGCCCUCAGAAUUAGCCCAACUGGUCAAGAUUCAGGCUUAUAUUUCUAGGUACUAAUUAGCAAUGCAUUUCAUGAUUGUACAUUCCUUACCUACCUCACUUUACAAGAAACAUACAACCAUUUCUGAAUGUGUUAAGUAGUUAACAAUUUCCAUUAAAAUUCAUCUGAUAUUCUUACACAAAAUUCUAUAUGCCUAAUCUCAAAUUCUUGUAUCCAAUGCACUAUUCUGUCUGCAAUUCUCAAAAUUGUAUCAUUGUAUGCCCAAAAUGUCAAUUCUUCUAUACCCAAUGCAUCCCUAAUAUGCCUAAAAAUACAUUGGAUAUUUUUUUGUUUUGAAAUUUUAGAUGCAGAUAAUCCUUUUCCCUGUAUAUACUGAAAAAGUAAUUAAGGACACAUGAAGGACAGUUAUUCUAUUAUUCUCUAAUUUUAACAGACUAAAAAAUAUGGGUAACAUUUGAUGAAUGUACCUUCAAUACUAACAGCUCUUGACUGACAAUUUUUUUUGGGGCACAAAAUUGCAUGUGUUUUGGCACCAUACAUAACUGACUCACCGCAUUAAGAGAGGAAUCUUCCAUUCUUUUUCUCUCUCAUUUUCUCUCUCCACCCUCCAACCAAAAUUUUCACCAUACCCUUGAAGUUUCUUAAAAGAUAAAACCAUUAAAAAUUCCACAGAGAGAGAGACAGCAAAAAGAGAGAGAAAAGCUUUCCUUCUUCUUCACCUCUAUAAAUCCCACUCCAAACACCAAGAAAAUUCCCCUUUCCUUUCCUUUCCUUUCCUUUCUUUCACUUUCUCUUGAUUCAAGAAAGAUUCAUAGACAACUCAUCAAAGAUUCACACACAUAAAAGAGAAUUAGCCAAAAUGGAAGAGCCAAGACCUCAUUAUGAUCAUUUCUUGGUGGUGGUUUUGGUGUUGUUGAGCUCGGUUCCAAGUGGGUAUAGUGGGGUGGGAGUGAACUGGGGAACCAUGGCAACACACCACUUGCCGCCGGAGAAAGUGGUGGAAAUGCUGAAGGAGAAUGGGUUUGAUAAAGUGAAGUUGUUUGAGGCAGAUGAGAAGAUUUUGGGGGCUCUGAUUGGGAGUGAGAUUGAAGUGAUGCUGGCUAUACCCAAUUUCAUGUUGGAGCCGAUGAGCCAAGACCCUGAGUUUGCUGCCUCUUGGGUUGAUGCCAAUGUCACUAGAUAUAGUUACAAUGGUGGAAUCAAUAUCAAGUCGAGUCCAAACAAUCUUCAUUUGUGUUUCUUGAUGAUUCUUGAAUCCCAUUCUUGAUACUGUUUCUUCAAGCCCCUUUCAAGUGUAUAAUUGAUAUAUAUAUAUAUAUAUAUUUAUAAAGACAAUCCCAGUGCAUGAGACUCUCAUCACUAAAUAUAAUAUGCACAUAUAUAUCUCUAUAAACAUAUAACUUUAUCAGUACUUGGGGUUCUUUCAUGCAAUGCCCAUCUUAUUCUUUCUUUUUUACAUGCAAUUUAAUCUUUCCUCUUGAUUUUUAAAAUCCAUUCUUCACACUGUUUCUUCAAUCCCAUUUCAAUUGUGUAAUUUACAUAUAAACAAUGGUUUUGUAUGUAAUGGUGUAGAAAUUUAAUGUAUAAAGAGAAAUAGAGAAUUGUAUUAUUGAUUGAUAUAUUGAUAUAUUACAAU